AUGUCUUGGACACCAGACACCAAUGCAGUUGAACAACUCAAGCAUAUCUUUCAAGGCACCUUAUCGUCAAACAACGAAGAACGAAAAUUAGCUAAUGAGGCUUUGGUUCAAGCUAAACAAAACCUUGAGAUAGAAAACUAUCUAUUCACAAUUUUAGUUUUUGAUAAUUCAGCCAAGCCAGACGUCCGAGCAGCAGCUGGUAUUAAUUUGAAAAAUAUUAUUUUGAAAAACAAAUCUGAUCAUCUGAUUGAUAGGAGUUAUAUAACGAAUAAUAUUAUACAAGGUUUGACUAGUCCUGACGCUAUGGUUAGAAAUAUUACUGGGAAUGUAAUCACUUCAUUAUUUUCUAUUUAUGGAAUAUCACAAUGGGGAACAGCUUUAACUAGCUUGUUAACUUUGGCUCACAAUGGACAAGAAAAUGAUGUAAACAAGACAGGGUCUCUUCAAUUCUCAACACAGGAAGCAGCAAUGAGUGCCCUUGCCAAGAUUUGUGAAGAUUCAUAUUUGGAACUAGAUCGAGAGUAUAAUGGAGAACGACCAUUGAAUUUUUUGCUUCCUGAAUUUUUAAAAUUAAUGGAUCUGACCAGUAUUAAAGUCAAGGCUUUUGCUGUACAUUGUUUUAAUCAAUUUAUCAUUUUGGAUACACAAUCUUUUCUUGUUUUGGUUGAUCAAUUUUUGACCAAAAUCUUUCAACUAGCUCAAGAUACUGACGGUAUCGAAACACCCGAUGCAUGCGCAUUGAAAAAGAAUAUAUGUACGGCUUUUCUUUCAAUUUUGGAAACAAGGCCAGAUAAAUUGGCCCCUCAUAUCGACGGAAUAAUGAGUUAUUGUCUACAUGUGAUACAAAAGGGAACCAACAAUGAACUAAGUUUGGAAGCAGGGGAAUUUUUGUUAGCAUUGGCAAGCUCCAAUGAUUUCAAAGCUGUUUUUACAGCAGACAAGUUAAAAGUCAUUUUACCGGUAUUGUUGGAUAAAAUGGUGUAUUCAGAAGAGGAAAUGUUUCUCAUGGAGGUUGCUGAUAACAAUGACGAUGCCGAUGUGGCUGACAAGGAUGAAGAUAUAAAGCCAACCAAUAUCAAGUCAAAAGAAGCUAGGCGAAUCAAUGGGAAUGCCAAUGGGGAUGUUUCAAACAUUGAAAAUGGUGGAGAAAACGGAGCUGGAGGAGAAGAUGAUAACGACGAUGACGGUGACGACGACGACGAUGAUGAUGAAGAGGAUGAUGACGAUGAUAUGGGUGAAUGGAGUUUAAGAAAGUGCUCUGCUGCAACAUUAGAUGUAUUGAGUGAAAGUUUACCCCAAGAAGUUCUCAUUUUAGCUUUACCCAUCUUACAAGAGAAAAUUAUGUCAACACAAUGGCCAAUUAGAGAAGCCGCGAUUUUGGCAUUUGGUGCCAUGAGCAACAGUUUUAUUAAUUUGGCUAGUAAUAAAUUACCUGAGUUGGUACCAUUCCUCGUUGACAGAUUGCAAGAUGAACAACCAAGAGUAAGACAAAUUACUUGCUGGACGUUGUCAAGAUAUGCAGCAUGGGUUAGUUUAGAAGCCCACGAGGGUGGUGAAUAUGCCACUUUUUUCCAACCUACUUUCCAAUCGAUUGUUGCUUGUGCUUUGGAUCCUAAAAAGAUUGUCCAAGAAGCAGCUUGUUCUGCGCUAUCUGCAUUUAUCGAGGAAUCUGACCCACAGUUGAUUGAGUUUUACCUUGAACCAUUGCUUAAUCAUUUUGCGCAAUGUUUCCAAAGAUAUCAACGCAAAAAUUUAAUCAUCUUGUAUGAUUGUGUUCAAACAUUUGUAGAAAAAAUGGGUUAUGAAAACCUAUCACGAGAUCCCAAAUACGUUUCCAUUUUACUUCCUCCGUUGUUGCAAAGAUGGGAUCAAUUACUGGAUGACGAUACCGCAUUGUGGCCAUUACUUGAAUGUAUGGCUUCCGUUGCUGCUACUUUGAAAGAGUUGUUUGCUCCCUAUGCUAUCCCUGUAUACGACAGGGCUAUGAAAAUAUUGUCAAAUUGUAUUAUAAUGGAUCAAAAUUGUCAAACCGAUCCAUCGAUAGAUACACCAGAAAAGGAUUUCAUGGUUACCUCUUUGGAUCUAGUUGAUGGGUUAAUCCAAGGGUUUGAAUUUCAUUCAAUUGAUUUGGUUCAACAUCAUGACAAGCCGAGUUUCGACUUGACUGAUUGUUUGUUGGUUUGUUUUGAAGACUUCAACUCUGACGUUAGACAAUCGGCUUAUGCAUUGCUUGGGGAUAUGGCCAUUUACAUCAUUGAUAUAUUGAAGCCAUACUUGCAUCUGAUUUUCAUUAGUAUUUGCAAUGAAAUAAACAAUAGAAGUUCAGAAACAUUCCCAGUCUACAAUAAUGCUAUUUGGGCAUUAGGUGAGAUGAUCAUUCGAUUGCCAGCUAAGGAUUCAGCACCAUACUUGUCCAAUUUAAUCAACUUGCUAGUACCGGUUCUCAAUAGUGCCGACACGCAAAUCACGGUAUUGGAAAAUUGUGCUAUAUGUUUAGGAAGAAUGGGACUUGUUGGAUCAGAAUUACUUGCCCCAAGGUUAAUUGAGUUCAUAACUCCAUGGUGUACUAGAUUUGUCAACUUGGUUGACAAUGAGGAAAAACAAACUGGAUUACAAGGAAUGUUGAAGAUUAUUGAAGUAAAUCCUGAUUCUGGUUUUGGUGGUCUACAAACUCAACAAGGUAAGGUUAACCUUGCUAAAUUUUUGGAGGUUUUGGCAAAUUACGAAGAUGCAACAAGUGAAUUACAACAACAAUUUUUGAAUUUGAUCAAUCACUAUAAAUCAGUAUUGGGACCAGACGGGUGGAGUCAAGUUUUGAAAUUUGUUAGUCCUUCUCUAAGGAACAAUUUGGAUAUUUAA